UGCCGCUCCGUCCGUCCGCCCUGCUGUUCUGUUCCAACAUGGCUGCGCUCAGGGGCAGAGGGGUGCCUGGCUGUUUAACGACGAGAUUAUUAAAACAGAUCAACACAGCGGGCGUUUCAGCGCUGCCCGCGGCGGCCGCGCGGAGCGGGUAUUUUGAACAGAAAUCACAUCUUCACACGGUCAGAAGAAGCAGUGGUCCUUUCAUCCAGGCCCUAAUAGGCUGCCAUAACCAUGGACGGAUACUGCUGGUCAGUGCUGUGGCAGUGCGCCAUAACAGCUCACAGAUGGCAGGUGAAACAGUGCUUGUUGUUAACCCACCAACAGACACACCAACACCUCUUUCAGCAUCCACACCCGUCGCUGACCCCACACCCGUCGCUGACCCCACACCCAUUGCUGACCCCACACCUGUCACUUACUCCACACCUGUCGCUGACCCCACACCCGUUGCUGACCCCGCACCGGUACUCACACAGUCAGUAACAGAACAAAUUGUGGAGGCCCCUGUCACGGCAAUGGAUGUCCUGCAGGAGGCAGGAGCAGAACUCAGCCUAACUGAUUUGGGUCUCGGAAACUACACACCAGUGGGCCUGAUUCAGAACUUAUUGGAAUUCAUGCAUGUCAACAUUGGGCUUCCAUGGUGGUGUGCCAUCGUUGCAGGUACCAUCAUAGCUCGCUGUGCUGUGUUCCCGGCUAUUGUAAAGGGCCAGCGAGAGGCAGUUAAGUUAAACAACGUCCUUCCAGAGAUGACGAAGAUAAGCAAUCGCAUGAACGAGGCAAAGCAUAGCGGCAACAAAUUUGAGUUUUCUAAGGCAUACUCUGAAUUGAUGAUGUUCUAUAAGAAGCAUGAUGUGAACCCUGUUCGUGGGUUCCUGGUGCCUUUGGUGCAGGCACCAGUUUUUAUCUCCUUCUUCAUAGCCUUGCGUCAGAUGGCCUAUCUGCCUGUGCCCAGUUUGCAGACAGGCGGUUUGGGAUGGUUCACAGACUUAACUGCAGCAGACCCAUAUUUUAUUCUUCCAUUUGCAGUCACUGGAACAAUGUUUGCAAUUGUGGAGUUGGGGGCAGAGUCUGGUCUUGAUAAUCCAAAUCUGAGAGCAAUGAAGACGGUCUUCAGAAUCAUGCCACUUGUCAUCUUGCCAAUGACUAUUAACUUUCCUACGGCGGUGUUUGUCUACUGGUUGACCUCAAACGUCUUCUCUCUGGGUCAGGUUGCCUUGCUGAGGCAUCCUGCAGUGAGGAAGAAGUUGCGCAUCCCAGAACGGAAAACUCACCCUCCGUCUGCACUGCCUCCUAAUGAGGGCUUUAUUAAGAGCAUCAAGAAAGGAAUUCAUAAUGCCCAGUUGGCUCAGCAGCUGGAAGAGAGAGAGAAGAGGAUUAAGGGACACCUUGACAUGGCAUCAAAAGGCCCUCUGAGGCAGACCUUUGCCCACAAUCCCCUUCAGCAGACAUCAGCAUCCAUGUCUACAGCGAAACUGCCCAGUCCAAAGCAAGGACAACAAACAGGACAACAAGCAAAACAGCAAGAAAGUGGAAAGAAGCGGCCCUGGGAGGAAACGAUAGGUUAAAAGCUAAAAGCAGACACUUUGUACUCUAAUUUGUAUAUAUUUAUGAAGAGAUGGAGGAAACGGAAAAAGAGAAGAAUAAUGAGCGCUGGGAGGGAUGCAGUUGUUGUACUUAAUACAUGUUCAUACCAACAAUAUUAAAAAGGUAUCUGAUUACCUUUA